CCAGUACGUGUUUGAGGAAUAGUCUGAAAAAAUGCGCUCUUGUUUUGUGAUUUGGCUACGGCCAUAGGGUGACUUUCAUAACACCGUUAUCAUUAGUUCCUAGUGUUUGUUCAAGGACCACGGGUGGGGAAGAGUAGAGUCGCUACCGAGCCUAGCACAGGCUAGUGCGAGAAGACGUUUGUGCUUUCCUCGUCACUCGCUCGCACACGAUAUGGCCGAAGGAAAAUGGCCUCCACUACCUCUUCAAAAGCCCAGAAAACUUGGCGAGCGGCCGAAAAAGGUUGCAGAAAAGCCGAAAGCGGAUGAGACGGACGAAUUGAACCUGGCACCGCUACUGGAUGAUAUGUCACUGGAGGAACGUAUGAAGACUAGGGACAUACGCAUACAGCAAUAUGUUGCGUUCAAGAAGAAGCAGAAGAGAAAGAAUCCACCAGUUGGAGGGAAACCGCGGCUGGGUCUGUAUCCAGAAACAUUCGGCAUCCCAAACUUUACUCUUCUUCCCCCUAACGACAACAUUGAUACAGGUGGCAGAGAAAAAAUCCGGGUAGGACCCCGACUAAAGUUGAACGAGGACUGA